AAUAUCACACAAAAUAAUAAUAAUACAACCGCCACGGUUGUCAUUUCUCUUUAGCCCUUUGUAAAUAAGGAACAAUGCUUCUACGUGGCAUAAUCUCCACGCCUCUCCCCUCCUCUAUCCGCCUCAAAACCCCAACCCGCCCCAAAACCGUCGCCAUUUCAGCUCAUGCCCCAACCGACACAAAGACCACCACCAACUACUCCAUCUCCGACCAAGCCCUGGAGUCCCGAGGCUUCAUCCUCCGCCGCACGAUCGACGACCUCAACCUCGACCACCUCAACACCGUGUUCGUGGCGGUCGGGUUCCCGAAGCGCGACCCGCAGAAGAUAAAGCUCGCUCUCAACCACACCGACUCGCUCUUGUGGAUCCAGUACAAGAAGACGCAGAGGCCCGUGGCGUUUGCUAGGGCGACGGGUGACGGCGUCUUCAACGCGAUCAUAUGGGACGUGGUGGUGGACCCCUCCUUCCAGGGGAUUGGUUUAGGGAAGGCUGUGAUGGAGAGGUUGCUAGACGAGCUGUCAUCCAAAGGGAUUUGUAAUAUUGCGCUGUAUUCGGAGCCCCGCGUUCUCGGGUUCUAUAGGCCCAUGGGGUUUGUGGCGGAUCCGGAUGGGAUCCGGGGAAUGGUGUACUCCAGAAAACAGAAAAAAAGGAAAUAAGAAUAAAACAGUAGCAGGAGAAAAUUGUCUUGA